AGCACAUCAACUGCCUCAUUCUGGUUUAGCACAUCAACAGCCUCAUUCUGGUUCAGCACAUCAACAGCCUCAUUCUGGUUCAGCACAUCAACAGCCUCAUUCUGGUUCAGCACAUCAGCAGCCUCAUUCUGGGCCAGCACAUCAACAGCCUCAGUCUGGGCCAGCACAUCAACAGCCUCAGUCUGGGCCAGUACAUCAACCAUCUCAUGUAAAUCCCGGUGAAACACAUCAACAAAAUUUUGAUGCCCAAGAAUCUCAGUUUCUUCAGUCCCAAUUUUCCCGGCCGUACAACCCGCCUCCCCAUAAAGAUCAGCCUACGGGACGGCCAAAUAUGGUGAAGCAAGAACACCCUUUUACCCAUGAUCCCUUUAAGACAAAUGUCAAUGGAACAAUUCCUGUAGGCCACAAAGCAGGCAGCGAGAUACCAUUGGCAGAUAGAAAAUGGCAGGCUGGGGGCUGGAAUAAUAAUACAGCUACAGGUACCUUUGCUAAAGAAGAGCCUGUCAUCAAAGAAGAUCUCCCUGAAGACCGUGUUGUGUAUACAGAUAAUAAACACAUCUUCGAGAGGCAAGACAUUGGAGGUGUGGCAUUAGCCUUAACACAUGGUUCAAUUCUCAUUGAAUGUGCUAAAAAGGAACUCCACGCCACAACCGCUAUUAAACACCCAAACAGAUAUUUACCUACUAGGAUAAGUUUAGUGUUCUAUCAACACAAAAGUUUAAAUCAUCCUAAACACGGCAAUUUAGAGUAUGAAAAGAAAGCGGAAAUGUGGCGUAAGAGACGUGAAAGCAAUCAAACUGUUAAUAAUCAAGAGCAACCAAUAACGACCAAAGAGGAAGUAGUCGUGAAAAAGAAACGGGGACCAAAGAGAAAAACUGAUAAAGAGGAUGUUGAGGAGGAACCACCGAUGAAAGUUCCUAAAUAUGAGCUGAAGUGGGAUACUGAGAUUCAACAGACAUUUACAAAUACAUUAAACACUAAGCCAAUCACACGCUGGGUGCAGCCGCAGUGUGUUAUCUCCGGGCCAUAUCAGCGCUGGCUAUAGAAAUCUGUAAACUCUACACUCAAAUCCGCCGCUAGAGUUGUGGUUCCAAAAUACUGCCAGCAAAAUUCUUCCCAAUGUAUUAAGCAUGCAUAUUUAUUUGACGUACCAUUACAUUUUGCGUAUCUAUAGUUAUUUGGAUUUAUUAAGUACAUGCAUUGUGGAAAGAUGGCAGUAUAGCAUUUGGGGUAGAGUUUCCCGAUUUUUAUAGUUGGUCAUUUUUUCAUAUUGUUGUCAUUGUAGCAAUUCACAUUGGUCAAACAGUAAGAAGAAACAAUAAGCAGGCAAAAGCAGAUGUGCUUUAUAUUGUAUAGAAUUAUUUG